GGAAAUGACAAAUUCCUGCUUUGAUGCAAAGUAAUCCCACUGGGGCAAUACGACCUUCGUCAGUAUAAAUUUGGUUUGUCCAGAAACAGCCUGAGAUUCAUUCUUGGGAACACUGGUCUGAAGUGAAAACUAUGGUUAUGGAGAACAUUAUUUCUCCCCACAGUUUGGAUCCUACACAUCACUUCCAUGUCAUACUGCUGGACCAGAGAACCAGGUUACGGGUCCACAUUAAGAACCUCCAUGAGAUCUCCCGGAAAAUUAGCAAAUUGCACAGACGUUCUUGGAUUGCCAAUCUCACCGGGUGCUCCUUAAGUGCAGCAGGAGCCAUUACAGCCAUCGUGGGACUGUCCUUAAGCCCUGCUACCUUAGGGGCCUCUCUUUUGGCUUCUGGUGUGGGUUUAGGGGUUGCAGCUGCAGGAGGGGCUGUCACAGUGUCUUCUGACCUCUCCUUGGUGCUCUCUAAUUCCAGAGAGGUGAGAAGGGUGAAGGAGAUUGCGGUGACCUGUCACAGUCAGCUGAGGGAAAUAAUGAAUUGCCUGGACUUCUUACACCGCAGUCAGGGCCCAUCAGACCCCAUAUUACUACAAUCUGAGAAAAAUGCUUCUAUUGCAUUGUAUAAUUCCAUUUGCUUCAUGGUCUUCUGUGGCUCCCAUGGCUUCCUGAUCCCAGAGCACACAAAAGAAGUAACCAAAGUGAGCCAUGCUGUGCUGAAGGCAAAAGUCCAGAAGUUGACAGAAAACCUAGAAGCCUGUGCAAGACCUAUGGAUGAGAUCUGUGAACUUUUAGGGAGCAGAAAAGAAUGUCCCUUGAUGGCCAGAAGACAAGCUUCUUGGGGUUUUUGUGGUCAAAGUCAUUCUGAGUAGCAGCAAAGGGUCUCCUGACGAAAGACUCAAGGUUUCCUUGAAAAAUAAUGUCUAGGACUAAAAGAGCUAAUUAUGCUAUGUUGUUGUGUAUUGUUACUAUUGGACUGUGUGUCUAACCAGGAAUUUCUCCAAGGAUUCACCAAUACUUGUAGCCCACAUACAUUAUUGGGGCUCAAUCUUUCCUGUCUAUGUGCACAGCAAAUGGGAGCUAUUAUUGCUGCACCAGCUCGCUCUGUCUUAUCAUCACAUUCUAUAGUAUGUUGUCAGCAUAAGGCUGUUUAACAGCAUAUUUGUUGAGAUGAUGCGGAUGACUUCCAAAUUUACUGGAUGCAAGAGAUGACUCUGUAACACACAUACCAUGAAAUAAUGUUCAGGGCAAUUGGAUGAGAACCAGUAUGAUAUAGUAGUGGUUUGAAUGUAGGACUCUGGAGAGUGAGGUCUGAGUCACCACUCAGCCAUGGAAACCUGUUGGGUGUCCUUGUGCAAAACACACCCUUUUAGCCCCUGAAAACUCUGUGAUAGGGUUGCCUUAGGUCAGGUAAGUCAGAAAUGACUUGAAGUCACACAACAACAACAACAACAACAACAACAACAACACAAUUGGGUGAUGUAGUGGUUUGAGCCUUGCACUACGACUCUGGAGCUCAGGAGUCAAAUCUCCACUUGGCCAUGGAAACCCAAUGGGUAACUUUGGGCAAGUCUCAGAGGAUGGCAAUGACAAGCCCCCUUUGAAAAAACAUGUCAAGAAAACCCUAUGACAGGUUUGCCUGAGGGUUGCCACAAGUCAAAAAAAUGAACUGGAGGCACACAACAACAAUUGGGAGAGAUAAAUGGGAACACUCCUCAAAGCUCUGAUUUUAAUUUUUACAGUGGUUUUAAUUUUUACAGUGCUGAGCUAGAUAACAAAUGUGGUCAUGAUGGACCUGUAGCCAAUUUAGGAAGGAAAUGGCUGGAGGUUCCAGAACCUAUUGUUUACACAGUUCAAUGAGGGAGAUAAUCAGGGGUCAAAGGCCAGACUGGCUGAAUUUUCCCAGUGAUGUUCUUAGAAGCAGAUGGGAUUUUUUACUAGCCAGAAGAGUUUAAUCAGUUUUGCUUUGUGUUGGUCAUUGCCUUCACAGGUUUUUGUAUUGUUCUGUUUUUCCUGAUAAAUUCUUCUCUGUGUAUGCAAAGCAAUCUUGUAGCACCUUUGAGACUAAGAAAGAAGCUGGUAGCAUACGCUUUUGUAGACUUGAAGCUCCUUCCUCAGAUUCAUGUAGGCUCAAAUCUAUGAAAGUUCAUGAUAUGAGCUUCUUUCUUUCCAUUAGUCUCAAAGGUACAAAAAGAUCCCUUUGCAUACUGAUUUUCCAGACUAACACAGCUAUUUGAAUUCUUCAAAGAAUUCUUCCUUGUGGUAAUUUAUCUUUAUUCUUUCCCCUUUCUAUGCCACAGGCUCAGGGACACCAUAUAUUUUUGUAUUUAUUUGUGUAAGAAUAAUUUAAAAUGUUUAGAAAAUUUAUAUUUAAAGAAAUAAUAAUAUUGUUAGACUGAGAUGGAAUCACUCUUGGUGAAGAGUUCAUUAUAUGUGGGGAAGGGCCACAUCUUUUAAGUUACUUGCUGUCAUCUAUCUUACCAACUUUUUCACGCUUUAUACCAGCAAAAGAAGGCAACACAAAUGGAAAAGCAAGAAUUCACCCAUGAGUGAAACAGCUCUACAUCUUUACUCUUCCAGGGGAUAGAGUAAAGUCAGGUCAAUCACUCCUGGAAAUAUACUUGCAAAUCUCUUACUGGAAUGAGUUAUUAAUGCUAUUCAACUGUUGGUUCACAAAGUUUUUGCAGACUGAGGCCUGGGACAGACUGCCCCAAAAGGGUGGCUUGACCUGAGUUUCUUUUGGUAGGCCUACCACUCUAUUCGUUCUGCAAAAGGAAAAGAAGAAAGGAAGGAAAAGAGGAAGAAAGGAAUACUAUUCACCAAUUUUACACAAACUGCCAAGUAUUUAUUAGUUGCACUAACAAGCCCGGUGCAAGUUCCAAAGGAGGCAUAAAAGCCCUGAGCAGGUUACCUCUUCUCAGCCAUCCACUAACACAGACCAAAGCAAAUUUGAUUUUUCUUUAAGGUCCCUUUUGUGGAUUGAUAUUGCUUAACAGAAAACCAUUAUCUGACUGGCUGGAAGAACUUCUGAUACAGCAUUGUGCCUGGUGACAAAGUCUUAUUUUUUUUGUCCAUUUAUAGAACUUUAUGUAUUGGUCAGCACUUUCUAAAAUGAAUGUUUUAGUUUUUGUGAGCAGUUGUGUUUCUUUCAUUGGUCUCCCAUGGGUCACUAUUGGGCUUCAACCAGCUGCAAGAGAGAUCAUGACAAAUGUAGGCCAGAGCCUGGAAAAGCAAUUUAAUGGACUAAAGCUCCCGCAAUCCUCAGUCAGUAUGGCCAGAGGCUGUGGUUUUUUUUAUGGUGCAAUCCAAAAAGGUUGCUUUUCCAGGCUCAUGGAUUAUCUCACAGAGAGCCCUGGUGGUGCAGUGGUUAAAUGCCAAUACUACAGCCACACGGUUGUGAGUUUGAUACCAAGGCCCCAAGGUCUACUCAGCCUUCCAUCCUUUCAUAGGUUGGUAAAAUUAGUAUCUUGUUGGGGGCAAUUGACUUAUAAAUUUUAAACCAUUUAGAGAGUGCUAUUGCUAUUAUUGGAUGCCAGAGAGAAGCACAUGGAGUUAAUUAAGAAAUGCUGCAAUUUAUGGCUUUAUAAGACAGCACUAACGAUGCCUACUAGAGGCCAAACACUUAAUAUACAAAUGUGUAUUAAACAGGCCAAAUAGAUAUGUUAACAUGAAAAGUAUUCAUGGUAUCAGUUCUGUGUCUCCCAAACAUGACUGGCUCUGCUGCCACACUGCAGAACUAAUGCAGUUUGACACCGUUUUAACUGCCAUGGCCCAAAGCUAUGGAAUUCUGGGAACUGUAGUUUUGUAAAACAUUUAGCCUUCCCUUUCAAGGAGCUCUGGUACUACAACAAACUACAAAUCCCAGAAUCCCAUAACACUGAGCCAUGGCAGAUAAGAGAUGUUAAGCUGCAUUAAUUCUGCAGUGUAGACGAAGCCUGUGCUGCUGUUUGAGAGGAAAAAAUACAUACAGCAUGGAACAGAUUCCUUCUGAAUAGGGCAAGUGGUUCAGAAUGGCUAGAGAGCAAGUGGUGCAAAAAGGGUAAAGUACAGUGGGUUCAAGGUUCAUUGAGGGAUGUUGCAUUGAUGGUUGGAGAGUGGGUAACAGGAGAGGUCCAAAGUUAUGUACAUCUGGAAGCUAAAUUGCAACAACAAAAAUGAAACAUUUGUUUACAGAUCUGGCGACAUGAUAGUUUCACAUAUAACAAUAUAGCAGCUAACAAUAAUUUAGGAUUGAUUUGUUGUGGAUUCACAAGAGCAAGGAUUCUAGCUUUCCUAAUGUGUGCCAUGCCAAGUACACAUUUAGGCACACAUGAAAGGGAGUAAUUUCACACCUUCCAUCAUUUCACAGAUGAAAAUGAAAGCUGGGAUACAUGGUGCCAAGCAAUAUCUGAGUAUAGUUCAGAUGGUAAACAUUAUUAAAGAGGAAGGACACACAAGCUAGGAGAGGCUGCUGCAGUUUGCUUUUGCUUGACUCUGCUGAGAAGAGCAAGAUUCUCACUUUCUUUGCUGAAUGAACUUUGAAUUCAGUUUGCAACAACUGAAGUAAUCUGAGGACAAAGAGGGAAUGUGGGAGAAGAGAGAAACGGGCACAUUUUAAAAGCAGCUGAGAAAGUGGGACAACAGAUUAUUAAUAAGAGCUGUUAAACAGUUUAACCUGCCAAAUUGGGACAACUGGAAUGUAUGUAACACUUACAUACAUACAUAGUAUCACAUACCUAGUAGUAUUAUACCAUGGAAAGUGUCUCCAUAAGCAGUAUUUGUAUCACAUGAUGACUUUUAAUAUGACCAGAACUGAGUGUUUUGAGGUGCAUGUGUGGAUACAUUGAAGGACAGUAUCGCUAGGAAAACAGCAAUGAUGAACUAAAGAAAGUAGCAGGGAAGCAAAAAUGGUGUAGGUCACCUACUCCAUCUGAGCUGUAACAAGGUCCAAAACACACUGCAGAAAUAAUCCAGUUUGAGACUGCUUUAACUGCCCUGGCUCAAUGCUAGGGAAUUGUGGGAACUGCAGUUUUGUGAGACAGUUAGCCUUCUCUGUCAGAGAGCUUUAGUGCCACAAUGAACUACAGUUCCCUGGAUUUCCUAGCACUGAGCCAGGGCAGUUAAAGGGAUCUCAAACUUGAUGAUUUCUGCAGUGUGUUUUGGACUACAGUUGACCUGCAUGCUGGUACUAACGGCACAGUGAGAAGAUGGACUGAAAGGUACAUGUUAGGUUUAAUAUUUAUUGAGACAGUCAAUAUUAGGUUGGGAGCUAUUCACAAUGAUGUUACAUAAUCCAAAGCCUGCAUGGUUAUUGUUAUUUCUAUGAAUGAUGUGAAAGGAGGAAUUUAAAAACUUCAAAAUGCAAGAAAAUAAAUUUAAAUGUAUUACACCCUGAGGAGUUUGGGGACUGUAUGAGCUGUAAACUGCACAGCAUACCUGACAAUGUUCUCUGGCAUCCUGUUGUUUUGGGAAUUUUUUUUAAUAUCAGCUGACUAUCUUGGCCAUUUGUAAAACCAAGGAUGAGCUUCCACAUUUUACAAACUGUUAAGCAAUAAAAA